CUCUGUGACAGCUUUUAUCUCAACCCAAGAAAUCAUGACAGACAGACAGACUGUGACAGGAUGACAGAACACUGACCACACGAAAGAGACUGUCCUCAACAGGUUACAUGCACUUGUGAUGCAGUACUCACCCAGCCCAAACAGGCUUUACAGAGAGUGGAAAGGAGGAACAGAGAGGUUAAUUACCUUGCCCUAGGUCACACAGCUCAUAAACAUUGCUAGAGUUAACUUGUGAGGUCUCCUCCAGGCCCUCUGCCAUCAGCCACAGGUUGUGCCUCUGCCACAGGUUUUCCAGGAUCUUGGCAAGCUGCAGGGUGUAUUUGAAUGCUGGCUGCCUUGUCCAAUUAGUGUUUCAUACAGCUCCUUCUGGCAAAAAGGCACAGCUGAUCUAUGAUCAAACAGCAUCCAUUCUGUCUCCUUAAUAGUUCAUGGCAUGCGGGCUUCCCGCCAUCCCCACCGCUGCUGCCUUCUUUCAUGCCGCCCUCAUUUCUCACUUCAGCUGUUAUAGUCCCCUCCUUCUUGACCUUUCUGCCUCUAGCUCUAACUGCGGAUGAAGAUGGAGCGAUCCAAAUAAAAACACAAAAGAUGCCACGGUAGCCAAGAGGUAUGCAUACGCCAGCCCAAACAAUUCCUCGAAGCAAGGGCUGCAGCGUCAGCCAAAGCCAGAUUCUCACAAGCCUAGAGGAAGUCAAAGGCAGAGUCAGUAUGAAGACAUUAAAUAUGAUCCAUCCUGGACACAGACACAGACUUUCUGGGCCUGCCCUCAGAGACCCAGCCUGGAAACAGCUGUAGACGUUUGUCUGUGCCCCUCCCUAACUCCUCCAACCUCCCUGGGGCUUGGGUCUUCUGAUCAGAAGAGCUGGGCUCCUGUGCUGGCCUCCUAAGCUGUGCCCCCCACCCCCCGGGGCAGGCACUGGGCAGGAAGGCCACUCCUCACAUGAUUCAGCAUAAGCCUCGGUUGCUCCCUUCCUGAACCACACACUGCAAAGAGCACGCUGGAAAUGCAGACAAAAUGGGGCGCAAGUUGGAGAAGAAGGGUCCUGCUGCUGGGCAUCUGCUGGGUCUCCGCACACCUGCCUGUCCGGGGUGUCUCCCUACCCAAGCGCCUCCGAAGGGCCACAGAAAACAGCACGCAGUGUGCGCCCUCCCCAGCAUCGGAGUUUCCUGCAGGGUUCUUCACGAGGCAGGAGAGCACGGACGGAGGCAUAGUAAUCUACUUCCUCAUUAUCGUCUACAUGCUCAUGGCCGUGUCUAUCGUCUGUGACAAGUACUUCCUGCCCUCCCUGGAAAUCAUCAGUGAUGCCCUUGGACUGUCACAGGACGUUGCGGGUGCAACUUUCAUGGCAGCAGGUAGCUCUGCCCCUGAACUAGUUACUGCGUUCUUGGGUGUUUUUAUCACAAAGGGAGACAUUGGUAUCAGCACCAUUCUUGGAUCUGCAAUUUACAAUCUGCUUGGCAUCUGUGCUGCCUGUGGCUUGCUAUCCAACAUGGUUUCAACACUCUCAUGUUGGCCCCUGUUCCGAGACAGUGCAGUGUAUGCAGUCAGCGUUGGAGCAGUUUUCGGCAUAAUAUUUGACAACCGAGUUUACUGGUACGAAGGAGCACUGCUGCUGCUGAUUUACGGGCUCUAUGUUUUGCUGCUGUGUUUUGACACUAAGAUCAGCCGAUGUGUCAUGAAGAAAUGCAGUCCUUGCUGUCCCUGCCUUGCCAGAACUAUGGAGAGAAGUGAACAACAGACACUGCUGGGAUGGGAAGACGAGAGCCAAUUCUUCACUCGUCGCCAAUCAAGGACAGACAGUGGAAUAUUUCAGGAAGAUUCUGGUUACUCCCAACUUUCUCUAAGUUUACAUGGUCUUAGUCAUGCUUCUGAAGAUCCACCAAGUGUUUUCAGCAUGCCUGAAGCAGACUUGAAAAGAAUUUUUUGGGUACUCUCUCUUCCUAUUAUUACAUUACUUUUUCUGACAACACCAGAUUGCAGAAGAAAGUUUUGGAAAAAUUACUUUGUGAUAACCUUUUUCAUGUCUGCACUAUGGAUAUCUGCAUUCACAUACAUCCUGGUUUGGAUGGUCACAGUAACAGGGGAAAUACUAGGAAUCCCAGACACAGUAAUGGGCCUUACUUUAUUGGCAGCAGGUACAAGCAUACCAGACACAGUCGCAAGUGUGUUAGUUGCAAGAAAAGGUAAAGGAGACAUGGCUAUAUCUAACAUCGUGGGAUCCAAUGUGUUUGAUAUGCUAUGCCUAGGUCUUCCCUGGUUUAUUAAGACUGCAUUUACAAAUGCAUCUGCUCCUGUAGAAGUGAAUAGCAAGGGACUCACUUAUGUAACCAUCUCUCUCAACAUUUCAAUUAUUUUUUUGUUCUUAGCAGUUCAUUUUAAUGGCUGGAAACUAGACCGAAAGUUGGGGGUGGUCUGCCUAAUGUUAUACUUAGGACUUGCUACCUUAUCAGUUCUAAAUGAACUUGGAAUUAUUGGAAGUAACAGAAUAAGGGGCUGUGGAGUUUGAUAUUUUUAAUAGU